AUGAGGUCUUGCAUUUGGACUGCUACUCACAAUACGAUUACCUUACAUUUAGUAGUCGAACUUCAGAUUAGUCACUUACUUCGCUCCCUCUUAGCAACUAGAGACCUAAAUUCCGCACUGUUUAAUAUAAAUUGGCAAUCUAUCUAUGAACACAUGAAGCAAAAGGAUAUAAAUUCAAACGAAAGGAAGUUUUCUAGACAUCACUACUGA